UUAAUUUACAAUGCAUGCUCAUUGGUCUGAACAUUCUCAUGCUAUGCAUAUGCAUCUAUGUCAUUUUGUAUUUGAUGACUGUGAAGCGCGGCAACGUAUACGUGGAAAUCAAAGAUUAGGUGGACGUUAUUAGUAUGUAAACGUAACGUUUCGUUGUUUGACGGAAUCAAUAUUGAAUAUUAAAUCAAGUUUUUCUGCGUUUUUUGUAUUUAGAUAAGCUGAGGUAAGAAAGUUUAAUUUAGGUUAGGCAAUGAUAGUCUUCAAUUUGCAUACAAAGUUUGUUGUAUUUACUUAAGCAAAUUCACUGUUUUUUUAAAUAGAAAACAUGGCAAAAAUACAUUAUUUCUUAAUAAAAAGAAAUCGAAAGCACUAUGUGUGGACAAACAGAAAAGAGAAACAUGACGUUAUAAUAGCUAAGCAUGGAAACUAUGGUGUACUUAAAAAUAUUGCGAAUAAUUUAAAUAUGAAUAUUCCUUACAUUUAUUUGACGAAAGUUAUCAGAAAAACAAAUUAAGUAACGCACCAACGUCAGAUUCCAACCAUAAUAGAAAAUAAAAUAUUACCGAACUUUUAUAUAAAAGUUGUAAAAAAAGAACUUUAUUUAAACGAAAAACAAAAAAAGGAAAAUCAAAUUCAAGAACUCAAUAACAAAAAGGACAUAAGUAAGAUGAACAUAAGAGUGAAAAACGUAGAAGAAAAUGAAAUUAAUUUAGGCGUUAUUCUACACAAUGAUGAUACUGGAAUAACAAAUAAUUACAAAAAUAAAAAACAAACAAAUGAAAUUAAGUUAUAUAACAAUCUACAAGAUAACUCAGAAAUGAAUGAAACUGAAGAUAGAAAAAUUCUCGACGGACAUAACAAAAGGCGUGUUUUACAAAAUUAUAAAGAGAGUGGAAAGAGCAAUAAACAGUUUAAUAAUAUACAAGAUCGUUCUCAAUUUCUGCUUGAUGCGUUUAAUCGCGCAUUUUAUAAAAACUUGUCAUAUAAUGAAAAUUCAAGCAAGCAACUAAUAUGUAAUGACAGAAAAAACAAAUCUGAAACAAUUACAGAGCCGGAAGUAUGCAGUUAUUUCAGAUGUAUGCGGCAAUUUAUGGCAACAAGACACUUUUGAAGACAAGUAUGUAAAAUAUAUGUACGACAUAGCGCAUCACAAAUAUUUCAUAAA